GCAAACAGUGGCAAAGAUGGCCGGGUGUCAUUAGCAAAGGCUUGCAGUUUUCAAAUGAAUGUUGUACAAUAUCAUUGAUAUUUAUCUAUAGUGUCAGUUUUUAAUUCUUUGUACAAAUUCACCAAUCCCCAAACAUUUGGGUACCUAAUACAUACUUUGCAAAUGUACGAAAAUGGCUAAAUCAAAGAGCAUUCCGGAUAACCUAAUAAAGUGGGAUGUGCCAGAAGAUCCUUUGGCACCUUUGACAGACUGUCAAAAAGAAUGGUUAGUGAGUCUGCAAGAGGAAGUUUCUUCUCUCGACGUCGUUACUCAUGAAUGUCUACCAGAAACAUUAUCACAAGAAUCCGAUGGAAAUCAGACAGAUGUGAAGAGAAUUGAGACGUAUCAAGAACUAUUGCAGUGCUACACAGGUCUUGAAGAACGGUACAUGUCUGCUGAAGAUACAAAGUAUGUGGCUUAUCUAGAACAACUAAAGAGCCGUCGUCAAGAAUGUCAUGACCUAUGUCUAAAAAUUGAAAAUGCCUUGGUGGAUUUUUCUACAUUAUCCAAGCAGUAUACCACAGUUUCCAGCAAGACAACAUCUCUUCAUGAUGCGAGUGAACAACUGAUCUCAGAUCAGGAGAAACUGAAUUCAUUCAUUGACAGUAUAUCUGAUCAUGUUAAAUACUUCAAAGAAGUUGAUCACAUUAUGGAGAAGUUGGAAGCACCAACAAUAUCUGUAAAUAGUGAAAUUUUCUUCAACUUGUUAAAUCAACUGGAUACGAAUAUGGAUUUUGUGCAAAAUAAUCCAACAUUUAAAGAAAGCAAUAUAUACUUAGUUAAGUAUAGGCAUUGUCAGUCAAAAGCUAUAACUCUAAUGCAGCAUUACAUCUUUAAUUUACUUUCUAAUGCCACCAAGAGUAUUUUAAAUCCAAAAGAAACUGGAAAUAUGAAAAUGGAAAACACAGAUGCAGCAUUGGCUCUGUUCUAUGGUAGAUUUCAAACAAUUCUACCAAAAGUUAAACUAAUUAUUGAGCAGAUAGAAACAAAGUCUUAUAAAAGACAAGAAUAUGAUAGUUUAUUAUUAGAAUGUCAUCAAUAUUAUUUAACCCAACGGGGAUUAGUACUAGGUCCUAGUGUACAAAAAGCAUUGCAAAAAGUAAAAGAAAAAUAUAAUGGUGAUCACUGCAGUCUUGUUAGGCAUUCAUGUGCAUUACUGUUACAUGCGUCAAUCGAUGAGCACCGCUUGUUUUAUCAAUUUUUCUCUAAACCUUCUAGUGGAUUAACAGCAUACCUUGAAGGACUAUGUACUUCACUUUAUGAUACACUAAGACCUUUCAUAAUACACAUAAAUCAUUUGGAAACGUUAGCCGAAAUUUGUUGUAUACUGAGAAUUGAAAUGUUGGACGAACACGUUCAAAAUAACUCGGAACCUUUGCAAGGCUUUGGAAACAUUUGCUUACAACUAUUGCACGAUGUACAGGAAAGACUUGUCUUUCGAGCGCAUUUAUAUUUGCAGUCAGAUAUUUUAAAUUAUAAUCCCUCGGCGGGAGACUUAGCGUAUCCAGAAAAAUUAAAGAUGAUGGAAGAUAUAGCCGAGUCUUUAAGAGAGGAAAGUCAUCAAAUCAGAUUGAAACGAAUUUCACUAUCAUCCAGCGAUAAUAGUACUUUUGAACCGAUAUCGAGAAGUCAUAUAACAAUGGAUCCAAUUAAUCAAAAACCUCAUAUUGGUAAUUCUCCAGCAGAUUUGCAUGGAAUGUGGUAUCCUACCGUUCGUCGUACAUUAGUCUGUUUAUCAAGGCUCUAUCGUUGUGUAGAUAGACCGGUUUUCCAAUCUUUGAGCCAAGAAGCAAUAUCAAUUUGCGUACAGAGUAUCGAAAGUGCUAAACAAAAGAUCCAAUCAAGAUCAACUCAAUUAGAUGCUGAGCUCUUUCAAGUCAAACAUUUGUUAAUCCUUCGAGAGCAGAUAGCACCAUUUCAGGUAGACUUUACUAUUAAAGAAUACAGUCUAGACUUUUCAAAAGUCAAAACGGCAGCAUUUGGCUUAUUGGAAAAACGUUCCCGAUUAUUUACGCUCUCAAAUAAUGCAUUGCUCGAAUUCCUUUUAGAAGGUGCUCCUCAAAUGAAAGAACAACUGAUUGAUUCUAGAAAAUAUGUUGAUGCUAAAUUAAAAUAUACAUGUCAAAGGCUUAUCCAAAAUGCCACGUAUCUUUUAAUAGAACCGCUCGUUAAAUUUCUUGAAGAGGCAAAAUUGUAUGUUAAUUCAGAUGGUACGAGUUCAAUACGACAAAAAUCAUUUGGCAAUACGCAGGAAAUAGCAGCUAUUGUUAGUGAAGCAUUACGUCUCAUCAAAUUUAAACUUCCGGGUAUCCAACAAUCUAUGCAAUUAUAUUUGGCUAAUCGAGAGACAGAAUGUAUUCUGUUUAGACCAAUUAAAAAUAAUAUAGUGGCUGCUUUUACACAAUUAUCACAGUUGCUGAGUAAUAAUUAUAAUGCAGAUGAACUUUUGCUUAUUGGUUGUCCAUUACCAGAACAAGUUUCUGUUAUGCUGAGCUCGACUAGCCUUGUGCAGGGAAAAUCUGUACAAUCUCAAAAAUCAAAUAGUGAUGAAGAGCAAGUUCAAACUGCGCGACAAAUAGAAAAUGCUUUUGUUUCUUCAAAAUGUACAGACAAUUCCGAUGUCGAACAACGAACAGAUAUUGCACGAUAUCUGCAAAGUAUAUCUGGCCAAACACAAAAUCCAUCUGAAGAACCUCAACUUGAGGGAUCAGAGAUAUUCUCUCAGAAUACAGGUGCCCAUUUACAUAAUACAAGUAAUUCUGAUAAUGUUAAACCAUAAUGUCGUUUAAUAUUUUUAUCCAGUUAUGAUACGGCACAUGCUGAGUUAACAAAGCAAAAGUUCAACUUCAAACUGUCCAUACUAUAUAUUGAUAAAAUGAUACUUUUGAUUCUAUAAGUUUUCACAAAAUAUGUCAUACUUUUUAUUACAGUUGAAACUCGCAACUUUCAGAGUUUCACUCUUACUUGCCUCCCAUUAUAUGUUUUUCUAGAUUCUGUAUCAGUCGUAACUCUUAUUGUAUAGUAACUAUAAUCGGAAAUCUAGUAUUUUUAUAUGUUAUUGAUUAUUAUGUAAAUAUUGCAAAUUUAAUAAUUUAAAGUAAG